AAAGUAAUCGUUGAACCGCUAUGAACACUCGAAUAACUUGGAUAUCCGAUAUUGACAAAUUGACAAUUAUACAAUAUGUACAGUUGUAUAUUUAAGAUGAGUUUUCAUAUAACAAAACUGUUACUUUUGGAUAUGAUAGAGUUAGAGUGUUGACAGAAAGGACAUGUUCUGAUGCUACUGCAAAAAAAAUUCUUAACACUGUAUGAAUAUACCAUAUUUGUUUCAUCUAACAGCUAUAUACCUACGACAAAAGUGAAUACAAUUUAACAUGCAAGAAAAUGGUUUCGCACAGGACAAAACACAGAGAUGCCAAAUAUAUUUCUAAAACAGACCUAAUAGCUAUUUACAAAAGAAACAAUUUUUUAAAGAAAAGUAUCUAUGACACGAGAGGCUUAUGCCGAGCUGAAUGGAAAAUUGUCAAGAAAACACAGCAUAUGAUUGUUCGUGAUAUCUGUGAAGCAUAUUCCAGGCAUUUCUAUACCGGCACCAGUGAUGGCUCACAUCCUAUGCUAAAUACGCGAACCCUAGACCGAGGGAGGAGCUUUUAAAUUGCACCGACUUAGAUUUCAUGUAAAACAUAUCAUUAAUAAACUUCAAAUUAAUUGGCCCGGGGCUAACAAAACUAGUGCAAUGGAACUUUAAGGGUAUACUCUUUUGUCAUAUUCAUAUUCAAAUAUCUCGGUAUGGCUAAUAUUGUAAGAAGUGAAUUCCCGCAGCAGGUUUCAACAGAUCAAGCUAGCCAGGACAGAAGCGAAAUUGCUUUUUCUAAUGGAGCAUCGUUCUCUUCAUUUUCCACAGUGGAUGGUUCUCUUUUAAAUUCUGAACAAAAUUUUGUCAGAAAUGGUAUUUUAGAUGUCACUGGACAACAGCAAUUAGCAUGUACACAUUCCGUGGAAACAUCGAUGGCUACUCGAAGACUAGCGCGACCGGCAAGACAUCCCGAGUAUAUAGAUUACAGUCAAAGACUUAGAUCCUACGCUAGAUGGAUUCGUUCGAGUCCAGGCCCAGUCUACCUUUGUGAAGCUGGCUUUUUCUUUACCAAUCAAGGUGAUUUGGUACGUUGUUUCCAGUGUGAUAUAGGUCUCAAAGAUUUCUCGGAAGGGGACGAUCCGCUACUAGAACAUGUACGAUAUUCAGGCGACUGUCCGUACCUUCUCGAACAUCUUGGAUCUGCCGGGUUAUCUGCUAUAAAGACGAAGUGUCAGGCAGAGCAAGCAGAAACUACUGAACAACAAAGGUCAAGCGUGUAUUGUCGACAUCCUCAGUAUCAGACCUAUGAAGCCCGUGUUUCAUCCUUCGCUGGCUGGCCGAAUUAUCUAACUCAGAAACCGGAAGAGUUAGCAGAGGCUGGACUUUUCUACACUGGAUUUGAAGACCAUGUGCGCUGUUUCACGUGUGAUGGCGGGCUACGGCGCUGGGACGCAGAGGAUGACCCUUGGACAGAGCAUUGCCGAUGGUUCCCGGCUUGUCAAUAUGCCAGGGAGAAGAAAGGCGAUGAAUUUAUUGCCCUUGUACAAGCUUCGACUGAGGAACCGGAAAACGUUACAAACGAGGAAGGUACUGGUAGUCAAGAUCUAGUAGGUGUAAUCGAGGAGAUGACACUUAGAGAUCCCGCUUUAAAGGCUAUUCUAGAUGAACAUAAAAAUGCAUGUCUAGAGAUGGGAUAUGAGUUGACAGACUUCAACGCAGCUGUGGAUGAUUUGAGAAACAUGGGUAUUAUCAGGCCAACACUAGAAGAGAUUCUUGACAUGGUGGAGGUUGUACAAGAGAGGAAACAAAGCCAGCAAAGAGCAGCUGAACUAGAACAGCGCAAUUGUGAAACGCCUCUUGAAGAAAACUUGCGUCUGAAAAGUUUUGUAACCUGCAUGGCAUGUGGUAAAAACAACGUGAACGCUUUGUUUAUUCCGUGUACGCAUCAUCGUUUGUGCAUGGAAUGCGCGGAACCACUAACGGAGUGUCCAGUUUGCGGGAGAAUCAUCAGACAGAAGAUUAGAACAUUCCUGGUGUAAAUUUCUUACUGUAUUGCAUCUAAGUAUAUCAAACCCAUGACCAUCUGUUAUAAAACAUAUGACUUUUAGAGGAACACAUACAGUGACCAGGUUUCGUGAAAAUGAGUAUAGAAAAGGUUUACUGUCGCUAUAUAUUGCUAAGUAGAAAUUAUUCUAAAGCACAGUCAAUGGCGAAAUUACGACUUUUCGUAAAAAGCACUAUGUAAUAUCUAAAGUUAGUAUGAAAUUGCGGUUCUCCAGUUCUGGAGGGAAGGAUACAGAAUACAGUAGCGCUAUAUACCACAGUUGUGCCGUUAAUAUUGUUGAUAACGGCGAUUUUGUCAUUUAUCUAUCAUGCAUGUUUGUAUAUAGAUCUAUGUACACGCAGUAGCUGUGUCUAAUUUACCUUAAAUGCUCUUACAUGUAUGCCAUAUAUACAGAAAUAGAUAGAUAGAUUUAUUUCGGUAAGGAGUGCACAUACAUGGACAAUUAAAAACAACAUGUAUAGUAAUUACAACAUAAUAACAUAAUGCAUACAUGAAAUUAAAAAUAGCCAUGACAGGCUAGAAACAAGAAACAUUUAAAAGCAUCGCAUAAACUUUGCAAAUAAGAAGAUGAAACUAAUAAACUGACAAGAAAUGUCAAUGUCUGCAGUGAUUUGCUCGUUAAAUAGUUAAGGGACUUACCUCCUGCCCUAUGUCGCUUGUUAUUUGAAUUUCAGCUAAAACCGAAAACAGUAUGACCAGGGAGGUUCAGGCAAAUAUGUUGUGAGGUUGUUCUAUGUAUCUGUGAAUCUUAGAACAGUCCGAGAUGAAAAAUAAUAUAUAGUCCUACACGUGUAUACCAGAAGGGUACAAGUCAGUGAAUAGAAUGUGUACAUAUAACAUUUAAGUUCACAAACAAAAACAAAAUACGUAUCACUAAAGGACUGAUAAAAUGAACGCAGUAUUCUUCUUUCAAACUGAAUGCAUAAACCUUUCUCAUUCGUUUUAGGAAAGGUUAGCAUAGUGUGUCAAUGUUUCGGUAUAUUAUGUUUAGUUGCAAGCAUUGCGGAUAACGUCUGUGUUACCUUUAGUUUAUUUUCGUUAAAAGCUAAUUCUUACACAACGAGAUUUGUUUUCUUUUUACGCAAAGAAGACUAUAAUAUACAAUUCACUGUCUGUAUAUCACAACUAUUACGUCAUAGCGUCAAGCGUCAUACUGGAGCAUUGAAAAAGAAACCCACACAAAACAGGCAAAUAUAUGCUGGAUGUCGUCAUAUAAUAUAUCUCAAACAGUGAUUUGCUCUGGGAUUUGCUCUGUGUUCUAGGUGUUUCAAAGCGUUUCUGUUGUAGACUAUAAAACACGAAGUGAUGAAAUUAUUUUACAAUAUUCUCCGGGAGCGGGUUGUAGAAACAAACACAUUAAUGUGUGUUUUUGCAUUACAUGUAUUACGUGAAUCGCUAUUUUACAAUUUCUGUGAUGGUCUUCUUAUUUUUCUUUAGGCCAAUGCAUUUUUCUGUUUCACUGAAAUUUGUAUUCGAUAAUGCAGAAAACAUAUGUCAUGGCUAAAUCUGUUAUAUGAGUGGAUGAUGAGCCUUAACAUAGUUUCAGAUAAUCAGGUUCUGGUGGCAAUAACUUAAGACGUCGUGUACCUUUUAAUUUAAUUAAGACCUAUUGUUUCAUGGGUCUACCUCCUAAACAUAAAUCUGCUUCUUGUGAAUUCAGGCGUGGCGUUGCGCCGACCCGUAUCGACACGGGGAAGUAUGAGGAUAGCAAGUGCACACUUUAAUAUAUAGUGGAAUCUGAAUGUAAUGAUAUUUUAUACUGUCAUAAAGCCGAAUUAACUGACGUAGCUAACGACAGCGAUCAGGUAAAUGACCCGU